CUGUAUUAUUUUAAUCCGCUGCUAUAACCGCGGGAUCAUUUGAUAAUUCAAUUAAUUUAAUUAAGCGGAACACUAGUUUCCAUUGCACGCCUCGUUUUCAGUAUUGUUGCUUUUUGAAAUACAACUGCAAACAGAUAUUUUUCUCCUAUAUAAUUGAAUUACUAUUACUUAAUUAAAUUACCCACGGAGCGACGUUUUUCUUUCGCUCUGUUCACUGAGAAAUCAAUGCACGUCGACUGAAUUUGGAAUAUGAGAUGGCCAGGCUUGUAGCGAAUUUAAUUAUAUAUUUAUGCCUGCUGUGUAGUAUUAUCAAAGCUAAUGAGAGUGGUGAUAACAAUGUUCAGGAUACAGCGGCUAAGGUAGUUUAUAAGACACCCGAAAUUUCUGGAUUUGCAUAUUUAGUAGAGACGUUCGACAACGAGGAGAAGUUUAAGAAAUCUUGGGUCUUGUCAGAAGCCAAGAAAGACUCUGUUGAUGAGGAUAUAGCGAAAUAUGAUGGAAUUUGGUCCAUAGAAGAACCUAAAGAGCAUGCGCAAGAGGGAGAUCUGGGGCUAGUCCUUAAGAGUAAAGCUAGACAUGCUGCUAUAUCCACUACAUUAUCCAAACCAUUUUACUUUGGUGAUAAUCCAUUAAUUGUACAAUACGAAGUGAAUUUUCAAGAAGGCCAAGAAUGUAGCGGGGCUUAUUUGAAAUUGCUUACUCUGGAUGCAGAGCAUCAAGAUUUAAAGAAAUUCCAUGAUAAAACUCCAUAUACUAUAAUGUUUGGUCCUGAUAAAUGUGGAAACAAUCACAAGCUGCAUUUUAUCUUUCGACACAAAAACCCCAUCAAUGGUUCGAUAGAAGAAAAACACUGUAAGAAACCUAGAGAGCGCUUGGAAGAUUUUUUCAAAGACAAGCAAUCUCACCUAUAUACUUUGAUCAUUCGACCAGAUAAUAGUUUUGAAAUCAAAGUCGAUAAUAAGGUAGUAAAUUCUGGAUCUCUGCUGGAUGAUUUCACUCCACCAGUCAAUCCACCCUUGGAAAUAGAAGAUCCUACUGAUGUUCAGCCAGAAGAUUGGGAUGACAAGGAAAAGAUCCCUGACCUAUCAGCUGUUAAACCAGAUGAUUGGGACGAAGAUGCUCCAGCACAAAUCGUCGAUGAAGACGACGUCAUGCCUGAAGGAUGGCUCGAAGACGAAUCACCCAUGAUUCCCAAUCCUGACUCUGUAAAACCUGAAGAUUGGGAUAUUGAAAUGGAUGGAGAAUGGGAACCUCCAGAAAUUCCAAAUCCAAAGUGUGCAGAUGCACCAGGCUGUGGAGCAUAUAAGCAAAAGAUGAAAAAGAAUCCUCGAUACAAGGGCAAAUGGUCACCACCCUUGAUUAACAAUCCUAAUUAUAAAGGCAAAUGGAAGCCAAAACUAAUUCAUAAUCCUAAUUACUUCAAUGACCAACAUCCAUUCCGGAUGAUGCCUAUUUUUGCUGUGGGCUUUGAACUUUGGUCGAUGUCCACGGACAUUCUCUUCGAUAAUAUUCUUGUUGCUGAUGAUGAAGAAGUAGCAAGAAAAUGGGCGGAAGAUACAUUCGAAGUACGUCGGGCUAGAAUCGAGGAGGAGAGUGUAACUUUAUGGGGUCGCAUAUUAAAAGUAACAAAUUAUAAACCAGGCUGGUGGGUGUUGUAUUUUAUAUACUGUGCAGUACCAGUUGUAUUAUACAUUUGGUAUCUUCUGAAACGAGUUCGUGAGUGUAGUAUAUGGCAUCAGAUUGGCGUAUUUGCUGCGGAACAUCGCUGGAUAUGUGGUACAUGUAUAAUAAUUCCUGGCUUCGCCAUAUUGCUAAUAAUAUAUUACUGCUGCUUAGCUUCUCAGGAUAAAUAUGAUGUAAAAGAUGAAGAUAAACAACCUUUAGAAGCAAAUGAACAAAUAGCACAAAAGCAAGAAGAAACAGAAAAUCAGCUACUUAAUACCGAAGCAGAGGAAGAAACUGAAAAGUUAAACGAAAAUGAAGAUAUAAUAGAAAGUGAAGAUAAUGAUAACCCAGCAAUAGGUGGUGAUGGGCCACGACGAAGAAAACCAAACAAAGACUAGAAUGAAUUAAGAUUAUAUGAAAGGAAUUCGUACUACUAAGGUACAGAUUACAAAUUUAAAUAAGUGUUCAAAGGAAUAAAUUUAGGGACUAGUAGAAGGAAUACUGGAAUUCUGUGUACAAGACUUACAAGUAGGCACUGCACGUUGUGAAUUAUGUCCAGCAAGAAUAGUGUGUGCACCCAUGCAUCUUGUGCAUAAUACCUCCCCACAUGACCAACAGUGAUGCUGAAAAAAAGAGGAAGGAAAUAUAAUUCUAAUCCUAAAUUAAGUUAUAAUAUACAUUUACCUUUUUAUUAAAUGCGUCAAAUGUAGUAGAACAUACACACUCUUCCAUGUUACGGAAUAACUUCCAGUCCAAGGAAACUGUUUUCAAUUCGUUUUGUAACUGACUAAUUUUUAUCUUACACUUUGCUUUCUCUUCGUGAGUUGGUGUAUUUUCUAUGAUGGUUUCAGAUAAUGGAUCCAUCGUGUAUUUAUUAUCGAAUUUUAGUUUCCCUUGUACUCCUUUUUUUUUAAUGUUAUUUAAAUUCAAUACUGAACUCAAAGAGUUAACUCUCUGUUUAAAGUAAAAUGCAACAUUAAAAAUCCAAUAAAUAAAAAAAAUUGUCAAACAAUAAUUAUACCUUUAUGAGAAGCUUAACGUGAUCUUCUAAACAACUGGUAUGAUCAUGCAUUAUCGAAAGAUAAUCUUCGUACGUUUCUCUCGGAUGAAUACCAUUCUCGAAUCUAAAGUACAAUCCUCGCCAUAAACUAGAAAAUUAUUUUUUAUGUAAUUUGUAAUUGUUGAAUACGUUCACAUAAUAAAAUUAUAUAUUACAUAAUGCACUGUGGAGCCAAUUUAGGUUGGAGAACAGGAUUAGUUUCUUCAUUGAAACGAUUGCAUUUGUAUAAAGGAUUUAUAUAUUCAUGCAUAUUAUUUGCAAUGUAUCCCCAUAGAGAAUAUGUUCUUUCUGAUACUCUAAAAAUAAUUAAAAAUAUAAUAAAUUGUUACUUAUAUAAGAAUAAAUUAUUACUUAAAAAUAA